AUGCGUGCUGUCCAAGUCAGCGAAUACGUCAAGGUCAGUAUCAUCCGCCACCACCCUAACAAGGCCCCCCUCGACCUAAAAGUCACCACCGUCCCAACACCCACCCCCUCCCCAGACAAAUAUCUCAUCGAAAUCCACUCCGCAGGAACAAACUUUUUCGACAUCCUCCAAAUCCAAGGAAAAUACCAACACCAGCCUCCGCUCCCCUGGAUCGGCGGCGCCGAGUUCGCCGGCACAAUCACCGCCCUGCCCACGGCCGGCACCUCGCUGAAGUACAAAGUCGGCGACCGCGUCUUCGGCGCAACACAAGGCGCCUAUGCCACGCACAUCCUAGCCCCCGAACACACCCUCCUCCCCGUCCCGUCGGGAUGGAGCUUCGAAGACGCGGCCGGCCUCUUCGUCACGGCGCCGACUUCUUACGGCGGUCUCGUGCAUCGGGCCGGCGUUAAGGCGGGCGAUUGGGUGCUUGUUCACGCUGCUGCUGGCGGUGUCGGUUUAUCCGCUGUGCAAAUUGCGAAAGCGAAGGGUGCGACUGUGAUUGCGACGGCUGGCACGGCCCGGAAGCGUGAGAUUGCGCGCGAAUUCGGGGCGGAUUACGUGGUUGAUUAUACGGAUAAGGCUUGGCCGGAGGUUGUUAAGAAGCUUUGUAAGGAGAAUCGGAGUGGGAAUGGGGCUGCUGGGGUGGAUAUUGUUUAUGAUCCUGUUGGGAUGAUUGAGGCUAGUUUGAAGUGUGUUGCGUGGAAUGCGCGGUUGCUGGUCAUUGGGUUUGCGGCGGGGAGUAUUGAGAAGGUUGCGCUUAAUCGGGUGUUGUUGAAGAAUGUUAGUAUUGUUGGAUUGCAUUGGGGCCAAUAUGCUAAGUUUGAGACGGGGACCGUGGGGGAUGUUUGGAAGGGGAUCUUUGAUCUUGUUGCGCAGGGGAAGUUCCGGGGUACGGCUUUUAAGGAUGAGAGCUUUUAUGGUUUGGAGAGUGUUCCUAAGGCGUUGCAGGCACUUGGUGGAAGGGAAACUUGGGGGAAGGUUGUUGUUAAUGUUGAUGAUAAGGCGAAGAGUAAGCUUUGA